AUGACCGUAGCGCAGCUCGUCCGCGUGCUCGCCCCGUCCUGCCGUGGCGCCACUCGGAACGGCGAGCACGCAGCGGCGUUUCACGCGUACCUUAGUAGGAUUGGCGUCAUUGUAGCGGCGGCGGCGGGCUUUCCCAGUGGCAUGACAGCGAGCACGAGAGAGCUCAUUCCCCCACGCAGAGCGCACUGCGGACCUGGCGGCGGCACACGAUGCCUAGGGGGGCUGCGUCGAAGCGCUCUAGCCGCUGCGCAUGUCCUGCAACGAUCAAAUCGCUCUCCUCCUGACGCACAGCUCACCUCAACUUCCUCGUUCCAACUCUCCUUGCCCCCCUUUGCCUCUCCAUGCCACCCCUUCCUAUGCUACUACCCUGUUAUCACCCCGCCUUCCCUCCUUUCCCUCCCUUUCCUCCUUCCACUCCCUCUCUCAUCCCCUCCUCCCAACACCCUCACUCAUCUGUCGCACAACCCUCUUCCGGUCCCUGCGUGCCCCCCAUGCCCCUGCCCCGCGUUGCUUCCCUCCCCCACACUCCACCCGUGCCCGCUGACCUUCCGUGAGCCCGCGGCUGCACCCCCUGGCGUCCACCCUCUCCCUGCCUUCGCUGGCAGUCAAGCUGUUUUGCACGUGCUGGCAGUGUGGGGGCAGCUUCGGGCGGCUGGCAGGCGUGGUCGGCCAGCAGCGACUGCUCCACCGUGCAGGGCGUCGCAUGCGACGCUCGCAGGCAACGUCGCUCACCUGCGCAAUGUGAGUGCUGCUCUAGCGCAUGUGAGUGCUGCUCCAGCGCAUGUGAGUGCUGCUCCAACGCAUGUGAGUGCUGCUCCAGCGCAUGUGGGUGCUGCUCCAGCGCAUGUGGGUGCUGCUCCAGCGCAUGUGAGUGCUGCUCCAGCGCAUGUGAGUGCUGCUCCAGCGCAUGUGAGUGCUGCUCCAGCGCAUGCGAGUGCUGCUCCAGCGCAUGUGGGUGCUUCAGAGUACUCUCGGGCCCGCUUGCCAGGGGCGUGCCAGCAACGUGUGCAGGUACUGGCUAUGGCCCCGGGGGCAUCCCUCUCCUCACCUCAGUACAUUGCCCCAUCUGUAGUCCGUCCACGUCUCCCCUCCCUCUCCCUCUCCUAA